CAGGGCAGGACUUUUGUUCAUAUCUAUGUAGAAAACAUUAAUGAAAACAGCGAGAAAAUAAUCGAGAAUAACAUUUAAAAUUUAUAUAAAAACAAAUCGAAGAGCUUAGCCCUGGAGAAGCGAGUGUCGGUCGCGAUAAACCGAGAAUCUCAAACGCGAACACCAAUCAAAAGAACCUACUGAAAGUGCAUAUAGAAAAAUAUCCAUAUGUAUGAAAUAACAAUAAUUAAGAACCUGUGUUGUUAAUUCGGUCGCUUACAAAUCCAAUUCCCCGGCUUUAUGUAAAUGUACGUACGAAAACACAAAAUGGAUUCGUCACAGGCAAAUAUGGAGGAAUCACCAAACCCGAACAACUAUGGUGUUAACCAAAGACUACAGAAGCCAGAGGGAUGGCUGCCCAACGUGGGCGAGUAUCAUCCAUCGCUGUUGUUCCCGGAGGACCCGCGGAGGUAUUUCCACAACCCCCCGCCUCCGCAUCCGCCACCGCACCCGCUACCGCUACCGCCUGCAGAGCCGAUCGAUGGAGGAGCCGCCCACAUACCCGCUAAACUGCCAGAAUACGGCACAGAGAUCAACCAUCCGGUCGAACCCGAUCGAGUCACAGCCGUCACAGUGCCGCCGCCCCCGCUGCAGUUGGCGCUGCCAUUGCAACCGCCACCGGUGGCCGAUGUGGCCACCAAGAACACAGUACCUUACGGACACAAGCGAAAGAAUUCGGUGGCCGACGAACAGGCGGCGGCAAGCAAGAAGAUUAGCCUGGCGGCCGCCGCUGCCGAGGCCGAGAAGAAAAACAGCCACCUUCGCAAGAACAUCCGCGACGUGAUGAACGAGAACAAUCUGGACACCACAACGCUGGCGGCUCAGAGGGAGGAGUCAGAACGCUUGGCUCGCGUUGCUGGUCAACAAAAGUCAAUGCGCGAGAUCCAGAAGCAGGUGGUGCACAAGCAAAUCUUCCGCAUCCUGCAGCUGGACGAGAGCGAGGGCAUCGAGAGCUGUUCGGUGUCAAACCACGCCGAGCACCACCCGCCCGUCGAUUUCCCCGAGGACGAAAUCGCCUCGGACACGUUCGACGAAUCGAACAGCAGUAGCCUCAGCGGCGGCAGCCUCGGGGACGUAAUACAAAAAGAGGCCAGCGUCGAGCAGCCCAGCGAGGUGGUCACGAUCGACGACAGCUCCUCCGACGACGACUGCAUACUUCUCUCCGAGGAGGAGAUGGAGGAGGAUGACGAGGACCUGAACGAGUCGGACGACGCCACCAACAGCGGCAUGCACGUCAAAGAUCUGUACAAUGUUCCUGACGAAAACGGGCAGGUGGUGGUCAACAUGGCGCACCCGGAAGGCGAAGAGACCCUGUACCUGGCCCCCCAAAUAGCCAAGGUAAUAAAACCGCACCAGAUCGGCGGGGUGCGCUUCCUGUACGACAACAUCAUCGAGUCCACACGAAGAUUCAACAAAUCGAGCGGUUUCGGGUGCAUUCUCGCCCACUCCAUGGGUCUGGGCAAGACGCUGCAAGUUGUCUCCUUCUGUGAUAUCUUUCUGAGACACACCUCAGCGCGGACAGUGCUGUGUGUGAUGCCCAUCAACACGCUGCAAAACUGGCUGAGUGAGUUCAACAUGUGGAUUCCGCGCUACUCCGCGGACGGCAAUGUGCGUGCCCGCAACUUCGAUAUAUACGUCCUGAACGAUCAGCAGAAGACGCUGACAGCGCGGGCAAAGGUUAUCCUCAACUGGGUCCACGAGGGCGGAGUCCUGCUGAUCGGCUACGAGCUGUUCCGCCUCCUGGCCCUCAAGCUGGUGAAGACGCGCAAGCGAAAAGGCAGUGUUAUGCGGCCCGACGGUAUGGACUCCAGCAGCGAUCUCAUGAACUUGGUGUUCGAGGCGUUGGUGAAGCCAGGCCCAGACCUGGUCAUCUGCGAUGAGGGACACCGGAUCAAGAACUCGCACGCCGGCAUCUCGCUGGCUCUAAAACAGAUCCGGACACGACGCCGCAUUGUGCUCACUGGUUACCCCUUGCAGAACAACCUGCUCGAGUACUGGUGCAUGGUGGACUUCGUAAGGCCCAACUAUCUGGGCACACGCACCGAGUUCUGCAACAUGUUUGAGCGUCCCAUUCAAAACGGUCAGUGCGUGGACUCCACUCCGGAUGACAUCAAACUUAUGAGAUACAGGGCGCACGUUCUGCACUCCUUGCUGCUUGGAUUCGUCCAGCGGCGCUCGCACACGGUGCUGCAAGCCACCCUGCCGCAGAAAUACGAGUAUGUUAUCCUGGCGCGAAUGACUCCAUUCCAGCGAAAGCUCUACGACACGUUCAUGACGGAUGUGGUGCGCACCAAGGCGUUCCCCAAUCCUCUGAAGGCCUUUGCCGUCUGUUGUAAAAUCUGGAAUCAUCCAGAUGUUCUGUAUAACUUUCUAAAGAAAUGUGAGACUGAUUUAGAUUUAGAAAUCGACGAAGAUCUUUCCAAGAGUGUCGUCCCCUCCACACCAACACCAACAGUUGUCGAGUCGCCCCAUAAUGAUCCAGCCGUGAAUGUAGCCUCGCCCCUGAGCGAAAGGAGGAAUAAUGGAUCCAGCGAGCCCAUCAAUAACAUUACUAAUAUUGAGCCCCUGCCCAAGGCUGAUAAUCAAACGUUAUACAAUAUGCCAACCUCCUCUGAUCUAAACGCAAAGUAUUUAAAUAAAAGCCCCAGCUUCUAUGAGGAGAAAUCAGAGCCCCUUAGCUAUGGGGCCUUUGGUGGCGAGACAAAGAACAACUAUUGGAUGGACUCCAGUAUUCUGCCCAAACCGGGAUGCGUUGAGGUCAUUAAGCAGACAGAUACCAACAUGUCUAACAAUUUUGAGAGUAUUACGACAUCGUCGGAAAUCGUGGAUCUGGACACGAACGAGAUUAAGACCGUGGAAACGACCAUACAAUCCUCGUCCUGUACAAAUAAUCAAGUAGACAAUGAUUGCAAUUCAAAUAGACCCAGUGAAUGGAGUUCCCCGGGCAUUAAAAACGCUGCCGGUAUUGCCGCCGCAGAGCCUUUUAAGAAGUUGCUGAAGAGCAAGCGGAAUGAUGAGUUUUCCUGCUCCUGGGCUGUCGAGCUGAUGCGGAACUAUGUGCCUGGCCUUAUCUCAAAUUCGCCAAAAAUGGAGAUUUUCUUUUGUAUACUGGAAGAGAGUAUGCACUUGGGGGACCGCAUAUUGUUAUUUAGCCAAAGUCUGUUGACCCUAAACCUACUCGAGGUCUAUCUAAAGUCUAGUUAUGUUCCUGGAAGCAAUCAGCUUUGGACUAAAAACACUUCCUACUUCCGCUUGGAUGGCUCCACUUCCUCGCAGGAACGGGAAAGGCUAGUCAACGAAUUCAACUCAAAUAGUAGUGUUAAGCUUUUUCUGAUAUCAACAAGAGCCGGCUCGCUGGGUAUCAACCUUACCGGCGCGAAUCGCGUAAUAAUAUUUGAUGCCAGUUGGAACCCUUGCCACGAUACGCAAGCUGUAUAUAGGAUUUACAGAUAUGGACAGACAAAACCGUGUUUUGUGUACAGAAUCGUCAUGGAUAAGUGUCUGGAGAAAAAGAUAUACGACAGGCAGAUCAAAAAGCAAGGCAUGUCAGACCGCAUUGUUGACGAGUGCAAUCCCGAGGCACACCUUUCGAUGAAGGAUAUCACGAAUCUGUGUCAUGACUACGACUCCGAUGAAGAAGUGAUCGAGGAGGUAAGCAAGCCAGCGACGGUGGAGUCGCCUAGCAAGCCGAGCUCGCCAACGGUUGAGGCUAGUAAACUAUCCCCCGACGCGGCAGAUGAGCCUAGCAAGGCAGCAGAUGAAUCAAAUAAGUCACCACUAUCAUCGGAUGAGUCGAAAAAGCCACCAGAAGACGACAAAAGUGCGUCAAUGGAUGUGGAUGAGACCAAGGCACAAAACGGCACCGGUAUAGAAGUGCCAGUUAAAAACGAAAAGGAUGAGGAGGUCCCGACACCCAAGGUUCAUGCUGACUCUAUAAUAAACACCAUUCUCGAGCUGCAUAAACAUUGUGUGACAAAAGAACCGUUUUUGCACGAAAGCCUUCUGGUAGAUCAAAAGGACCGAAAGCUGUCCCAAGCCGAAAAAAGGCAGGCUCAUCGCAGUUAUGAGCUGGAGAAAAAGGCUGCCGUCAAUCAGCGUUUUACCUAUACUCCUGCAAAAAUGCACUACAAGAUCGUUAACAACGAUGGAACCGUAAUCACUAAACCCAUGACACCGCAAAUGAAGACACAUACGUCAACCUCAACAGGAGGUGGACGCACAACACGCUGGAUUCCCGCUGACGUGUGGCAGAGACAGGGCAUGACCGCCCAAGAAAUGACCCUGCCACUUGAUGUUGUCAUUCCCACAAAUUCGGCUGAUAAAGCCAAUAUAAUUCUAAAGGCUGGACAGCGUGUAAUGGUCCUGAAGUCGGCGAAGGGUAUCUACAUGCAGCUGGACAGCGGAAAGAUCAUAGCCAUAAGGACUACGGCAAAAACAGAAGCGGAGAAACCAAAUAAUAAAGACGAUGUCAUCGACAUAACAUCCGACUGUGACACUGACACCGCCAAGCCACAAACACCAGAAAAAGAUGUGAAAGAUCUGACUGCCGAUGACGAGCCACAACAUAUCGCAAAGAACAAGGAGUCCAUUGCGCCAGCAACUACUGCAAGCCGGCCAGAAAUGUCGGCUAGCGAAAAGCGAAAGCCCACAGAAAGCACGCAGCAACAACACUUUAAGCCGCAAUCACAACCAAACAAUAGUUUGGCCUCCACAUCAAAUCCACAUCAGAUGCCUUGUGACUUGAACUAUGCACAGCCGUCACAACACUCUCAGCAGCAGACACAGUCACAACAACAGCCGCAGCAACAACAACCGCAGCCACAGGCGCAACAAUCGCAACAGCAGCAGCAGCAACCGUUGCCGCAAACGUAUAAGCAUCCGAAUCACCUGCCGCCGGCUGUUAGCGAAGGUUACAACAAUGCAAGUAGUAGUAGUAUUCAGCCCAAUGUGCCACUUCCGCCGCACCCAAGCGAUACGACGGACAGUUCGUAUUUCCAGACGGUACCCAAACCAAACCCCUUCCACCAGCCUUCCUAUCCACCCCAAUAUUACGACUAUUACGACAAUAAGCAUAAGGCCGCCCCACCUGCCUCCAGCUACCACCUCAAUAACUACACUUCGUAUGGCAAUUUGAACUUCGCGCCGUAUCAUUCCAAUCUGCACCCACCCGCAGGCUAUAUCAGUGCUCCGUCAUCGUACGCCAACUCGAAUGUGUUUCCCAGACAGCACUGGAGCUCUGCUGUGAAUGCGCCAGCGUCCAGCGAACCUAUACGGCAGCCCUCGUACAUCGGCAGCACCACUUAUCCCAUAAACGAGUGGUCGUCGCAAUAGCAACUGUAAAUAGAGACUUUGAUGGUCCCAUAUCUCCGGUGUCCAGUUGAGGGCGGAGCGCCACUCUAACGAGCUCAAAUAUACUCAGACUCCAACUUGUGACUAAUUUAUAUGAUUUAUUAUUAGCUAUAUUUAUAUUCGACUUGAGUAUUUAAUGCCUUUCUGUGUAGAAAGUAUUCCGUUUUAUUAUUUGUCCCUUAACAUUUUAUUCAAUGUACUCCGUCUGAGAAGUAGAAUGUCUAAUAAUAAUAGUAGGCAAUUCAAGCGAUCAUCUGUUGAUCAAUAAACCACACACACAAUGCUUCCUAUACUUAUAAAAUUUAAAUUUUAUCUCAAUGUUAGUGUUCUUGUGGAAGUACAAUUUUUAAGUCGUUUGUAUGAUUUAUCCAAUGAAAUACUUACUUGUCGCUUAUGUGUUACCCUGACUGGACUAACAGAGCUCGGCCUUUGAUUCCCUACCAUUAUUUCUCUAAUUAAUUUAUUAUAAUAUUAUAGUAAAAUGCAUGACUAAUUAAUUAACUACAAAUAAGUUAUUAGUUUUCAUUCUGGAGUAAAAACAGACGAAAUCUAAAUAGAUAUUCAUAGAGCGUAACCUACUGUUUAAGCCAAUCGUUCUACCCAAACUGUAUUUUAUUUAGAAGCCCAUGAAUAGAAAAAGAAAAACUCAUACGAAAUAUCAUUAAAAAAUUGGUCUCUCUUUUGGUAACGGGCAGCAAAACCCGAAAAUAAACGAAAAGAAAACUAAUAAAAAAAAAGGAAAAACAUUGACAUUAGUCUAGAUAAUAUCACACAUUCGAAAUAAUUAACAAGCUUUGAUUAAACAUUGUUAGAUCUAAGCAAUAAAGAAAAAGUA